AUGUCUAGACCUCGAAUUGUGCGGGCCGAUACCCUUGAUCUCCAAGACCACAACGCUCCGUCGGCGAAAGAUCACUCAAAACAUGCUGUACAGACAAGUGAAGGAACCGGUCUAGCUCCCCAUCAAGAGCAAGAAAUUCGCCAUGCCGAUCAUGACUCGAAAGCUGAGAUGAUGCACGGUCCCAAUGGUCACGGAACACACUUGGACACGGACGGUUACCAGGACGGAAUUGAGAUAUACGAUGGUACAGACGACAUUCAUGUUGGACUGGCUGCUCACCGGGAUGAGAGCGAAAUCCGUGGAAGGGCCGAGGAAGGUGGUCUUAGCGAUGAGGAGGAUGAUGAUGAUCUGCUGGAUGACGAUCUGAUGGACAAGAUCUCCAGCUCUCCCUCUAUCAAUGAUGACGAUGAUAUCAACUUCGAAUUCGUUUAUGCUUUGCACAAUUUUGUUGCAACCGUGGACGGACAGGCAAAUGCGGCAAAGGGGGACAACAUGGUACUUCUAGAUGAUAGCAACAGCUACUGGUGGCUUGUUCGAAUCGUGAAGGACGGUAGCAUCGGUAGGUUUAGAUACAGGACCGCACGGACGGAGCUAAUCGGUAACAGGAUAUCUGCCUGCUGA